GUAAGCGAUAUGCGCAGUAAACUUGCGCACAUAUUUGUUUACAUCGGCAACAAGUUGAAUAAAAACGAACAGAUAUCUUUUUCUUUGGAACUCAUAAUACAAUAUUAUUAGAAUGGCUGUUGUAAUAGACUUAACUAAACAAGAUACAGCGACUACCUUUUACGGGUCAUCACAAGAAGACAUUAGCUAUGCAACGAAUUUUUGGCAGUCAGUUCAACUUCACCCUCCUAUGGAAUCCAGAUUAGUUUCAAGUGAUAUUAAACAGAGAUUGAAAGUGGCUCCUGCUAGUUCUCAAGCGAGAAAUGUUAUGUCAUCAAAACAGCAACUUCAAGAAACACCAGUUUUGCAGGACUUUUUGUCUCGGGCCCGAACCAUGGAGCACCUAGAGGAGUAUACAAGGAUGCAGAAGUUUGCAGAGGCAAAGGCUGAAGAUAAAAGCCUACUUGUAAAACACCGCGAGGUCCGAAGAAAGAAAGAAGAGCUGUCUCGAAACAAAGGUGUUAAACCAGUGCAUACGGUUGAGGAAAGGAUGCCACGUGAUGACUAUGAAGUGGAUGAAGAAGAUGAUGCGGGUGCCCUGCAGCAGCUUGAUGAGUUUGAAAACCAGCUGUUGGGAAGUGGGAAUAAUUCAGACUCAGACUAGUGCAUUUGUUGUUAGUUAAGUUAUAAUUGUUUUGUAUUGUGUCUUCAGGAUUUGAAAAAGACAGAUACUUUUAUUUUGGUGUCAUUUGCAAUGCAUGUUCCCAUAACAACCAAUUCCUAAUUUGUACAUUAAGUCAUUUCUGAAAACAACAUUAUAACAAGGUUAUCAACGUAAACUGGGUUAUAAGAAUGUUGUGUGACAUAUGGCGGACGUUCAGGCAGACGUCAAACAAGGUGUUUUCAGCAAUAACAUUAGUUGAGCUCAUCAUACGGACACCAAACUUUGUGCAUAGUAAGAACAUGAUUGUGGAGAGCUAACUUGGGAUUGCUUUUGGGUAUGUUCCAUCAACGGUCAAGCGCACUCUUAUUAAGAAUAGAAAUUUAGAUUCUAGCUUAAUUUGAGUUGCGUUUAUCAUUUGUACACUAAAACUGGUGUAAAGUAAGAGCAUGUGGAGAGCUCCCUUGGGAUUGCUUUUGGGUCUGUAUAGUUAAAGAUCAAGGUCACCUUUAAUAGUGCAUAUAUUAAUUUAUUUUCUGGCAAAUAACUACAGUUUCUUUCAUCAUAUGGACACUAAACUCAGUCUUUUGUAAGAACAGGUGGAGAGCUUGUUUGGAUUUGGUUUUGGUCCCGUUCUAUCAAAGGUCAAGGUCACUAUCACUCAAUAUGGAAAUUUUGUUUCCAGCAAAUAUCUAUAGUCUAGAACAAUUGAAGAGCUCACUUGUGGAAUUCUCUGAUGAGAGUCAAACAAAUUGUCGCUGCACCUUUGAAGCAUUGAUUCCUUGGUUGGUGGAGCCAAACUAACCAUUGGUAUCAAAUUUGUUUAGUUGACAUAUAGUGCCCAAACUUGGUAUGAAAGAAGAGUUUAUUGAUACUAUUCAUGGGCUUGUGUUUGGGGCCCCUAGGGUAAUGGUCAAGAUAAUUUGUUACUGAAAAUAGAAUAAUGGUUGGUACUCAAUUAUUUCAGUAAGGGUUGAUAUAAUGUGACGAAUCUUGGUAUACAGGAAGAGUUCAUUGAGACAUUUUAUGGGAUUGCCUUGGAGCCUGUAGGGUCACGGUCAUUGUUACUAAAAAUAGAUAAACAGUUGAAACUGAAUCUCACAACGAAGCCUGAAGUUCUUUAAGUAAGUAAAUUAUUGAAAAUCUGGUUUCGUUGCAUUGCAGUGAUCCAUGUAAAUCUUAAACAUAUAAAAAGAAAUGUUGUUAAAGUUAGAUUUGGUUUAAAAAGGAAGUUAAAUAGUACCUUAUAAAACAUAGUCUACAGUGUAUACCACACGUCAAAUAGAACAUAAUAAAUUUCAGAUGCUUAAAAAAUGAAUGGGUUUCAUUUUCAAAAAGAUUGUUAAAUACUUUCUGGUAAAAAUAUGCCAGUGAUAUUUCCUGUGUAUUUAAAAAAAAUGAUUGUAUGCAUUUUGAUGAAAAACAUUGUUUAUUUCAUGCAUCUUGCAUGCAUGAAUGAUAUGUAUUUAUCAUUUUUUUGUUGUUACUGUUUUGAAUGUUAAAACAUUUUUUGAAUAAAUUGUAAAUCUAA